AUGCCAUUGAUGACGAUGCCCUUCCGAACGCUUGUGCGCAGACUCCCGCGGCAGGGUGGUGGUGGUGCGCUGAGCAUGAGCAUGAGCAUGAGCAGGAGCAUGGGAUUUGGCGGUAGCAGUAGCAGUAGUACGUUGAGGUGCUUCUACGCAAUUGGAGGUGGAAACACUGGCUUGGGGGGCAGCAGCAGCAUAAAAGGCGCUCUCAGCCUCCACAGCUCCCGCUUCCACAGCAGCACCUCUACUAGCACCCCCACCCCCACUCCGACCCCACCACAGCCACCAGCGCAGAAGCAGAAGAAAAAGCUCUCCAAGAUCCUACCCGCCGCGCUCACCCCGCACGAGAACAUCUACAACCUGCCCAACAUCCUCACCUUCUCGCGCCUGCUAGCGUCGCCCGUGAUUGGCUACCUUGUACUCCAUGACCAGCCCGCAGCGGCGCUGGGGCUGUUUGCGGCGGCGGGGCUCACAGAUCUCGUCGAUGGGUGGAUCGCGCGGCGGUGGAAGCUGCAGACCGUGGUUGGCAGCGUUAUAGACCCUAUGGCGGAUAAGGUGCUGAUGACAAUAUUGACCGUCACACUGGCUAUGCAGGGGCUUCUUCCUGUGUGGAUCGCGGCGAUAAUCCUCGGCCGCGACGUCGGGCUGGCGAUAUCGGCGAUAUACUUCCGCUGGAUCUCGCUCCCGCCGCCAAAGACCAUGGUGCGCUACUGGGACUUUUCGCUGCCGAGCGCGGAGGUGCAUCCGACCACUAUCAGUAAGCUGAAUACGGCGCUGCAGCUGGGGCUGGUGGGCGCGUGUAUGGCGCAUCCGCUGGUGGGGGCGGGGGCUGCGGGCGCGGCGGAUCUGGAGCUGGCGUUGCAGGCGCUGCAGUAUACGGUGGCGACGACGACGGUGUGGAGUGGGCUGUCGUAUGUGUAUUCGAAGGAUGCCGUCAAGAUCUUGAAGCAGCCGGAGGCCGCGGUGGUGGUGGAGGAGAAGAAGAAGGAGAAGGAGGAGGGAAAGUAG